CCAGCUGGAGACAGGCGGGCGUAGGACGCAAUCCGCGUCCCUUCGAUUUCUAGCUCGGUCUUGGUGGAGGUAGUACCUAAGCCGCGCCCCGCGACGGAGGCAAUAGAACUCUUUCUGCAAAACCCCAACCCUAAAACCUUAAAACCUCUUCCUCUCUCUCAUCGAAGCAUGGCUUGCACCCUCGAUUUCCGCUUCCUAGAUGAAGGCCUCGGCGGCCAGAAGAACAAGCGCAAGCGCCAGCUGGACCCCACCACCUCCUCCAUGGACGUGGACGAGGACCCCACCUCCUCCUUCGACGCCGCUCCACCGUCCAAACGUCCGGCCCUCCCUUCCUCCUCCGACCCCGACAAGCCCACCUUCGGCAGGCCCACCUUCGACGGCGUCAUCGCCGGCAAGGUCUCCGGGCGCAAGUGGAAGCAGCCCCGCCAGCAGCGUGCCUCCGCGGCCUGCGUCUCCCGCAAGGGCACCACCUUCGAUCAACGAUCCAAGCAGAAGGAGAUCAAGAAGGCUUACAAGGAGAGGAUGUCGGAACUGAAGGAGGAGAUCCGAUCGAACAAGCAGGAGAAGAGGAAGAAGAGGGAAGAGAGGGAGAAGAAGAAGAAGGAGAACAUUCUCAGGUCCGGGACGAAGCUGCAGAAGAUCACCAACCCAAAGACGUUGAAGAAGAUCUCCAAGUCGAAGCAGAGGAAGCUCCUGAAGGUCCUGCCAGACGAGAUCUUUGCAAAGAAGAAGAAUUAGGUCAGAUUGAAUUGCCAGAAUUUUGUUUUGAUUUCUUUCUUUUCAUGAUGUUUUUGUUGCAUGAUCGAUGGAUUGGGAAUUAGCGUUUUGAUCUUACCAGAUGUUGUUAUCAGUAUUGAAUUUAUGGAAUUAUAGCUAUUAAGAUAGAGAA